UGUGAAGUUUAAGGUUGACGGAAAGAGUACGACCGUACAUGCAUCGUCAUGUAUCUGUUAUCAGCGACAUCGUUGUCGGACGUCUGUUGCACAACCAUUGAGAAAUACACACACAUUGGGUGUGCUAUAUAAACCUUUGCGGCGUGCGCCGAAGGGAACAAAUCAGUUAUUUAAAAUACGUGCUUGGAACUUAGUUUAUUGUUGAGUGUAACAUUUGAAGAAAAUCGUGAGAGAAAUCUACAAUAAGAAGCAUGUACUCUUUUAUUGCAACACAGCUGGUAUGGUGGACCGGCGGAGCAAUAACUGUGCUAUCGAUGGUGGCAUUAGCGCUGUAUGCUUUUACGACUUACAAGCACGGAUAUUUUAGACGUCGUGGUAUAAAGGGACCAAAGCCUUCACCGUUUUGGGGGCACAUAAAGGAUUUAAUGGCAGUUGGUGCGCACGAGUUUGAUCGCCGAAGCGUGAAAGAAUUCGGCCAGGUUUAUGGAUUCUAUUUUGGCAACCACCCAACCCUUAUGGUGGCUGAUCCGGACAUUCUUAAGGAAAUCGCCAUUAAGCAAUUUUCAAAUUUCUACAAUCGCGGUGACACAGUGCAGAUUGCAAAAGUUUGGCAGAACUCUGUAAAUAACGCGAAAGGGAUUAAGUGGAAAUACCUCCGGGCCAUUUUACAGCCGGCAUUCAGUUCUGGCAAAAUCAAGGGUAUGCGACCCAUUCUGAAGCGAUGCCUGGACGAUAUGAUUUCCUGCCUGGACUCCGAUCUGUUAGAUUCAAAGGAACAUGUGGUUGAAAUGAACGAUAAGUUUAAGAGACUAACCAUGGAUGUAAUCUGCAGCUCUGCAUUUGGAAUCGAGGUGAACACCCAAAGAAAUCCCGAAGACCAAUUUGUAAAACAUGCGUCUAAAAUACUAGGCGGAAGUCUAAGUAACAAAGUUCUAUUGCUCAACUGGUUCUUCCCGGAUUUUCAAUCAUUAAUCAUGUACUUUGCCAAGGACUUUAACGACCCAGCGGCAAUGGAGUUUUUGGGGGCGACGGUUCGCAAAGCAAUGGAAGAAAGGAAGAAAAGUUAUCCGCAUGAGUACAGGGAUAUCUUACAACUUAUGAUGAACACAAAGUCUGAGGACCACGCGAUUGGUGUUUCAGAGGAGAAGAGCUUUGAAGAAAUGAAGAAAGGAGGGAUGAGCGAUGCAGAUAUAAUCAUCAAUGGGAUCAUUUUUCUUGCUGCAGGUCACGAGACAACUGCUGCUCUGCUCGGGUUUAUUUCUUACAACUUGGCAACACAUCCUGAGGUUCAGGAGCGCCUUCUUGAAGAAAUAGAUGAAGUUACCGGAACCAUUGAAAACUCAGUAACAUAUGAAAGUAUUUUAAAGAUGGAAUAUCUUGAAAUGAUUUUGCAAGAGACACUAAGGCUGUAUCCGCCAGCUGGCAGGUUCAACCGUCAACCGGCUGAGGACGUUACAAUUAAAGGAGUCCACUUUGAGAAAGGGAUGGACAUUACUUUCACCACGUAUGGAAUACACAUGAACCCAAUAUAUUGGCCAGAACCAGAGAAAUUUGACCCGGAGAGGUUUUCACCCGCGAAUCGGGGUAACAUUUACCCCUACAGCCAUGUCCCGUUUGGUGCGGGGCCCAGGAAUUGUGUCGGGAUGAAGUUGGCAUUGGCUGAAACCAAAAUGGCGAUUGUAAGACUUCUGCAAAGCUUUCGACUUGAACCAUCGGAUAAGUUGACCAUUCCAUUGAAAACCAACAACGGUGGGGGACUUUUGCGACCCGUAACUCUGUGGCUGAAGCUCGUGCGGAGAAAGGAAUAAUGUGUCUGUAGCUAAGUGCAUGCUGUAUGUGAAGAAGUGAACUUACGUUCAGUUAGAACACAGAAGUGAACUUACGUUCAGUUAGAACACUGUAUUUCUUAUAAUAUAUUUUAAUACGCUUUUGUAAUAUAAUAUUGGUUAUAUAUAUAUAUAUAUAUAUAUAUAUAUAUAUAUAUAUAUAUAUAUAUAUAUAUAUAUAUAUAUAUAUAUAUAUAUAUAUAUAUAUAUUUAUAUAUAUAUGGAAAUAAUAAUGUUUUUUUUUUGGCAACUGUAUAUCAAUAUAAUUGAAAUGAUGUGAAUUCAUGCUUUUAUCUGUUUCCGAAAGCACAACAUUCUGAAUGAUCUAGGUUUUUAGUUGACACACUUUAUAUCCUUUUACAGACUCACAUGAUGUCGUAUUUGAGGUCAUUUAUAAGGUUAUCCAAAAAUUACCCCCCCCCUUGAUAUGUUACUUAGAACAAAACAUUUACUGCAUAGAAUUCACGAUUUUGUUUUUUAAAUUUAGAAAUCGCAGUAGAAAUAUAGAAUUUGACUUAUGUAUUUAUUUAACCAUUUUCUAAAAACAUGUGUCAGUACAGGCACGAACGUUUAAUAUUACGGACGAGUAAAUAUGGUAUUUGAUUGUAUCACACGCUUUUAAACGACGACAAUAAUAACAACACACUGCGUAUAUAAAAUAUAUAAUUGUCGAAACAUAAACAUAUUUGACCUUUA